UAUUAAGAAGAGAAAUGGUAAAGAUAUAUCAGUCCUUGAAAGCACUUCUGACUACCAACAACAAGGCAUCUGGUGCAUAGACUGCAUCUCACGUGACUAGCCAUGAUAACAAUCAUGCUAAUCUCUUUGCUCUCAGUGGCUACAGCCACCCCAGUUACUAUUGCCCAAUAUGGAGGACACUAUUUCAUUCCAUACUAUAAUCAUAUGAAACAAAUGCAAGAACAGAUUCAACAAAUAGAAAGAUCGGAUAAUUACCCUGUUGCGACUGAAAGUGGAGGGUAUGGAAGUGAAUUAACAGGAGGGGAAAAUCAAGAUUUUUCUUCUGAUAAUUCUGCUAGUCAUGUGCAGCCCAGCAGCAGUGGAUUCGAUGGUGGCCACGAGGACUAUUCCUCCUUUGAUUUCAGCAAACUGCAUGGUGGUGAUGAUGGUUCACAUGGGGGUGGUUACAUCGACCAUGGAGAUAAUUAUGUUCAUAGUGUUCCAGUAUCCGAACACGUCGAAGUUACAAAACCAAUUGCCGUUCCAGUUUAUAAAGAUAUUGGUAUACCAGUUCCGCAUCCUGUGAAGAUCAACGUACCACAUCCAGUCGCGGUAGGAGUGGCUCAACCUUACCCUGUUGCAGUUCCUGUAUCAAAACCAAUUCCGAUUCAAAUUGUGAAAACAAUCGCAGUUCCUGUAGAGAAAAAAGUGCCAUAUCCUGUUGAAAAGCAUAUUCCCUACCCAGUAGAGAAAGCUGUGCCUAUCACUAUUGAAAAGCACAUUCCUUACCCAGUAAUUAAGCCCUAUCCAAUCAAAAUCCCAGUUUAUAAGACUAUUUAUCAUCAUGCUAAGGGUCAUAGUCAUGGGCAUAGUCACUAAGAGUAAUGAAUAUGUAGAUUCAGCUUAUGGUAGUAGCUUGCAGAUUAUGACAAAACUUCGAAACUAUUCCGACAUGAUAUUCAAAAAUUCGAAAGAAAGAAAUGUAGACUUAAAAUGAAAUGUUAGUAUUUAAUAACUAUAAUAUUGUUCACUAAAGUCAACAACAUAAUCAUCGAUAGUAUAGGAUCAAAUUUCAGACAAAAAGAUAUUAAAGUUGAUAUAUGGCCAUUUCCUUUUCGGAGAAGCUUAUUCACCGAUCAAACUAUUUUU